CGACGAUAUCUAUAUAUUCAUAGCCGGUACGAUGAUAUCUGUGAUAAAAAUAUAAUUGAUACGACACUAUCUUCGAUAUGUAUAACUCUGGUUCGAUGAGAUCUAUAUGAUAAAUGUAUGCAUGCAGCUGGAAUGACGAUAUCUAUAAUAUAUUUAUAGCCGAUACGAUACUCAUGCUAUAUCAAUAGCUGAUAGGACAAUAUCUAUGAUGUAUAAAUAUAUAGCUUUUAAAACGGUACAUACGAUAAAUAUAUAUGUUACGAUAAUCAGAGAUAAAUAUAAAUUCUCGAUUGAUGGAAUGAACCUGUAGAUAAAAACUGGACGAUCUAAAUAGUGCGGAAUGUUAUAUUAUUUUACUCCAUUUGUAUUUGCAUGCAGUACUUUAUUAACAGUUUCUAGUGUCGAGUCGAAAAGAGAAGUCUCCAUAUGUACACAAACCGGUUCCUACCAGAUUCUAAAUACGGUACCAAUCACACAAACGAAUCAAACGUCCUUGACAUUUUCUGUAAAAACAUGCAAGCAUGCAAGAAUCAUUUUGACUGACAAUACAACUUCAUUAAGACCCUCAUAUAUGAUUAUAAUUGGAUUAUGGACGAAAUAUCAGAUAGUGUCUCGAAUCACCACGUGUUUUAGUGACAAAUUCACGAGAUGUUUAUAUUCUACAAUAGAAACUCCUUCUGUUUUGAGUUGUAGUGAGUUUAGAACAUUCUGGAUUUCCUGGAGCACCAAUAUAACGUUUGGACAAGGGGACAUAAUCGGAGAUAACAUCACGAGAUCGGAGAUACUAUACAAUGAAGUGGUCAUUGAUUUUGUUGGAAUUCAAACUCAAUCUGGCGAUAAUGAUAAAUGGACAUUCAACUCUGAAAUCAAUGAUACACUUGGUAUAAAUGCUGCCAUUGUUUGCGAAGGAGAAUAUGAAACAACAACUGUUCCGGAUAUUCCGCCGAACUGUACAUGUUCAUGCAUACCCAGUGUGAAUCAUUGGGACUAUCUGAAUGACCUUAAUUUAACAACGGAACAAUUAUAUUUACAUCUUAAGGAUCGUAUUACGCAUUUAAAAGCCUCCAUUUCAAUAAAUCCGAAAAGUACUAGAAUCGCUAAAUCUAAAUUGAGGUGUGCAGAUGAUAAUCGUUUUGUUUCACGUUUCGCUGGUGUAAUUGGUUCACUUGUUUUGAUUGCUGUCGCUGGUUUUAUUGUUUAUUUAGAUUUAAUGGGGUUCGUCAUUAAAUCAUGAAAACUGUACUUAUUUUCUUUUGUUUUGUUUCAACUCCUUGGAAUGUUUACUUGACAAGAAACUAUGCAAAAACGUUUUCAUUUAAUAAAUUGUCUCAGAACCCAGAACUCUCUAAUAAAAUUUCCGUUUUUUGUCAGAUAUUCAGGACCCUUUGAUUUUAUUUAAUAUAUAUAUAGAGGGCG